CGGAACAAACUCAGUGCAGCAGUAUACAAUUAGCCCAAACGACKAUUUCCGGUUGGAGAUUAAAGAUCGAGGGAGAGAUGGAAAAACUCCAGUUUUGCAGUUACAGAAGCAGCUUGACAGAGAGACUAAAAGUCGACAUAAAUUAGUGCUGAAAGCUAUAGAUGGCGGAACUCCACCAAAAACAGGCACGGCUGAAAUAUACAUUGAUGUUUUGGAUGUUAAUGACAACAUGCCAGUGUUCACAAAAAACACAUACUCAGCCAUGCUGCAAGAAAAUGCUCCAGUUGACACAAAAAUCAUUCAGGUUAAUGCAACGGACUUGGAUGCUGGUUCUAAUGGAGAGGUGGUUUAUUCAUUUGGAAGUGAUGUAAAAGAUAAAAUUAAGGAGCUGUUUGAUAUUGAUGCUGUUACUGGAGAAAUAAGUGUCAAAGGUCAAGUUGAUUAUGAAAAGCAAGACAGUUAUGUGAUUGAUAUACAGGCCUCUGAUAAAGGACUGAUUCCAAUAAGAACUUUYAAAAGUGUUGUCAUUCAAAUAGGAGACAUAAACGACAAUCCUCCUGAGAUAGAGGUAGCCUCCUUGUCAAGUACAUUUUCUGAAGACUCUAGACCCGGGACAACAGUUGCGCUUAUUAGUAUUACCGAUGCAGAUUCUGGCAUAAAUGGCAAAAUAAUGAGUUAUGUUGCUGAAGAAAGUCCAUUCACGUUAACUCCAUCCAUUCAAGAUCACAUGUUUGCUGUAGUCACCAAGUCUCAUUUGGACAGAGAACAGCAAUCAAACUAUGKUCUUACAAUAAUAGCAAAAGACGCAGGUGAACCAGCAUUAACAUCUGAAAAGACAAUACAUGUACGUGUCUCAGAUAUUAAUGACAACAAUCCCAGGUUUUCAGAGAGCCCUUACACUUUCUACMUAAUUGAAAAUAACCAACCAGGAGGGUCUGUGUUUUCAGUGCACGCAUCUGACCGGGACGAAGGUGAUAAUGCAGCAAUUUCGUAUCACAUUCACAGGAAUGCUGACACUGAACAUAAAGUGACAUCAUUCCUCAAUAUAAACUCUGAAACAGGAGAUAUAGUGGCCUUGAAGAGUUUCGACUUUGAAACUCUAAAAACMUUCKAGUUCCAAGUUGUGGCCACAGAUUCUGGAGCUCCGUCUCUGAGCAGCAACGUGACAGUGAACGUGUUCAUUCUGGAUCAGAACGACAACYCUCCAGUCAUCCUGUAUCCAGUCAGCUCCAACGGUUCUGCUGAAGGCGUGGAGGAGAUUCCCCGCAACGUGAACGCAGGACACUUGGUGACUAAAGUCAGAGCCUAUGAUGCUGAUAUAGGAUAUAACGGCUGGCUGCUGUUCUCACUGCAGGAAGUCAGUGACCACAGUCUGUUUGGUUUGGACCGCUACACAGGACAGAUCAGAACACUUCGCUCUUUCACAGAGACAGACGAGGCUGAGCAUAAACUGCUCAUACUGGUCAAAGACAAUGGCAACGUGUCCCUGUCAGCAACAGCUACUGUCAUUGUCAAACUGGUGGAGVCCAAAGAGGCUUUUGCAGCUUCUGAUGUGAAAAGUGCAGCAAAAGAUGAGGAGGACAAUAAUGUGACUUUUUACCUCAUCAUCACUCUGGGCUCAGUGUCAGUUCUGUUCCUCAUCAGCAUCAUCGUGCUGAUUGCAAUGCAGUGCURCAAYUCRACAGACUAUACUUCRAAAUAUCUGCAGGAGGCUAAUUAUGAUGGGACACUGUGUCACAGCAUCCAGUACAGAUCUGGAGACAAACGCUACAUGUUAGUUGGACCCAGGAUGAGUAUAGGAUCUYCUAUAGGACCUGGAAGUCAUGCAAACACUCUGGUGUUACCUGACAGGAGGAAAACUUCUGAGGAGAAUGACUGA